AAUGAGAGUGUUUGAUUUCUUUUCUUUGUGUUUGUGUAUCUAUUCCGAUUAGGAUUUUAGAGAGUACAUCGUCAUAUCAAUCUCAUAUUAUUCAUAAUAACUACCUAGUAUUCUACAUACUCAAGUAGUCAUGUCUUCACCAGCUUCCAUGUCAGAUCUGCCAAAGAUCAAGCUUUACUGGCUCAACCAAUCCCGCUCUCAACGGAUUCUCUGGCUUCUAGAAGAAUUGAAAGUUCCCUACGAGCUAGAAAUCAUCCAUAGACUUCCCUCUAAACAAGCACCUCCUGAAUUGAAAAAAGUGCAUGCCUUGGGAAAAUCUCCCGUCGUUACGAUUUUACCUGCGGGAGCCACAGAACCGGUGGUUUUGGCGGAGAGUGCGUUUAUUACUGAAUAUCUCCUCGAUCAUUUCGCCCACGGCAGUACCCUUCUCCCCGCCCGCUGGAAGCCUGGUCAAGAAAACACACUCGGUGGCGAAACCGAAGAAUGGACUCGUUUCCGCUAUUACAUGCAUUAUGCCGAAGGUUCUCUGAUGCCUCCCCUCCUUGUCGCCCUCAUCAUGUCUAUGAUUAAUUCGCCCAACCUUCCUUUUUUUAUCCGUCCUAUUACUGGCAUGAUAACUUCAAAAGUGCACGAGUCAUACCUGGAACCAAAUUUCAGCACUCAUUUUACCUUUCUUAAUGAACAAAUCCAGAGCUCUCCCAAUGGUGGAAAAUAUCUCUGUGGUGAACAUCUUACCGGUGCAGACAUCCUCAUGUCAUUCCCUCUUGUAGCAGCUAAACAGCGCGCUGGGUUAACCAAGGACAAAUACCCUGAACUUUUUGCUUACACGGAAAGAUUAGAAAAUGAGGCGGGAUAUAAGAAAGCCGUUGAAAAGAUUGUGGAUAUCGAGGGAGAAUUCAAAGCGAUUUAAUUCCGAGAGUGCUUUAGUAACUAUCAAGACUGUACACGAACGUAUCAAACUCGAAAUGCGAAGUGGGAAAAUGAAGCAAUGUUCUUAUUUCUUGCCCUGAAUACCUUUCGCUGAAUCUUUCUCAAUCUCAGGUUCUUGUUUUUGUGUCGAUUAUAGAUAGACCUCAUUUUAGUUCCUUGAUACACUUUCAUACUGUACCCCUUGAGAAAGAUCCAAGAACCAACGUUCACUGUAUCACUCUACCUUGAUAAUGCAGCGUGAUACCUUCAUGUACAUCGUCAGUACUGAUAUUGAUUUCUAGUGAUACUAUACGUCGAAGUGACGAUAUUUUCUAACAACCGGGAUGAUGCAUCGUUCGAUUUAUAUCCGCCAAGAGUCUCAAACUUCGGGAGCUGACUUGACGUGUUAUAUAGCAUUGAGCGUGCAAAGUCUAUGGAUAUUGGGGCUAGAACAUCUAAUGAAAGUAUGUAGUCUAUAUUCUCUCCUGGCAAUGUUACUCACCGUCCUGUAAGUUUACUUGCUUUUCCUAAAAAGAAACGCCACGUCGUAUAUAGAAAAAACUUCUUACAAUUUGUGUUUGCAAACAAACCGGGCCCUCCCCCAAUUUAGAUGCCCUCUCUCGACGACGGGAGUAAGGGAGGGAAGAAGGGCCACCGUUCGUUGCCUUGCUGAGAAGGCCAGCAUGAUACAAUGAUAACACUGGCAAGGGGUUUCACUAGAGUUCUUCGUCCUAUGAGAAGGUCUCAAUCAACUCAAAGAGGGAGCGGUAAUCUGGUUUUUCUAUGCAACAGUCGACCUCAAAUUUUCAGCUCGAGGCACUGCUCGCUUACUUCAAAUAAUCUGACAGAACGGCCGACUACUUAGCAAAAGUUAGAGCAAUUCAUCUCGAAACCCUUAAUAGUUACCUCUAACUAAGAGACCAU